AUGGAGACUUAUGCUCUUUUCUGCAAAGAGUAUCCCAACAAAAUUGGAAAAAGUAAAUUUGCCGAACUUAGACCAAAACAUGUUUUACUGAGUAGCAAACUACCCCACAGUGUAUGCUUGUGUAAAUACCAUGAGAACUUUAUAAAUGCUGUAAAUAUAUUACAUCAAGUCUCACCAAGUGUACCACUUUACACAAACGAGUUCCCACAAUCAUGCCUCUGCAACCCUGUGAAGAGAGAGUGCUGGAUGAACCAAUGUGAACAGUGCAAAGAUGGUAAGGGUUUUCGUAAUUCUUAUCCACUAGAAGAAAAUGGUGAUGUCAAGUGGUAUGUCUGGAAGACAGACAGUAGUAAUAAACUUGUGAAAAAUGUAGAGGAGGGCACCACCGAGGAGCUGUAUACCCAUAUAUGCUCAAUUAUCCCCCAUUUCAUGGCACACUGCUUCACAAAAAGAAUGCAGGCAGAAGCCUAUAACAAAGAGCGAAAGGAUGCAGAAGCAGAUUCAGAAUCGCUUUCGAAUGCUGCUUUUCUUCAAGUGGACUUCUCUGAGAAUUACACUUGUGUUUCCCAAGAUGAAAUUCAGAGUGCCCAUUGGAAGCAAAGUCAAGUUAGUUUGUUUACUGCUGCGUUAUGGUAUUCUGGUAUCCUACACCCCAUUGUCAUAGCAUCGGACAAUCUGAAUCACUCCAAGGAUACAAUAGUGGCGUACAUUGAUUAUCUGCUAUCUAUUCUACCAACACCCAAAACAUUUCCAUCUGGUCCGAUGGCCCAUUGUCCCAGUUCAAGAACCGGUUUAUAGUAGCUGCACUAAAGUCUCUCCAAGAUAAGCACAAGAUCCAGAUUACAUGGAACUAUUUUGCAACUUCACAUGGGAAGGGACCAGUCGAUGGCAUUGGUGGGGCAGUCAAGCGUCAGGUGUGGAUAACUGUGAAGACGAGAAAACACAUUGUCUGUGAUGCUAAGAGCUUUGUCGUUGCAGCCGAAGAUUCCUCCAAUGUGAAGGUUGUUGAGAUGGCUGCAUCAGAGAUCGAGGAAAGCAACACAUCUCUGAAUACUAAAGAAGUGUUUGAAGAUGCAAGCCCAAUCCCAGGCAUUGCUGCAAUCCAUUCGAUCAAGAUUGGCAAUGCGGGGAAGAUUGUUGGGCGUGCCUUGGUGGAGGAAGAAACUGACACGCCUCGAUGUGGUGACGAAGGGAGUAAUGCCAGUGUAAAUGAGGAACUUUGUCAGAUUGAGGUUGGUGAUUGGUAUACUGUGGAGUACGAGGGAAAAAUAUAUCCUGGAGAAGUAAAAUCUGUUACAGCUGAUGAUAUCCAGGUGUCGGUGAUGGUGAGAGCCGGGAAAUACUGGAAGUUGCCGACAAUUCUUGAUGAGAUCUUUUACCAACAAGAUAAGUUUGUACGAAAGUUAAACGCACCAGUAGUUGUUAAUUCCCGUGGAAACUUUCAAUUUUCAGAUUUUUAA